AUGGGCCCCUGUACCGCCUCCUCAUGCUGCUGCCAGGCCCGUAAUCUGCCAUGGGCCCCCGUACCGACUCCUCAUGCUGCUGCCAGGCCCGUAAUCUGUCAUGGGCCCCUGUACCCGCCUCCUCAUGCUGCUGCCAGGUCCAGAGUGUGUCAUGGGUCCCUGUACGGCCUCCCAUUGCUGCUGUCUCCAUCGCCACACUCUGCCAUGUGCCACUUUCAGGUCUCCUCACACUGCUGGUGGGUUCCAUUUUUUCAUAGGGUGCUGUAUGGCCUCCCAUUGCUGCUGCCUCCACCGCCACACUGUGGCUCCACACUCUGGUUUUGUCCCCGUGACUGCCCAAAUGAGUGAAGUGUGCGGUGAUUCUAAGAUCGACGGCACUCAUCUGCAUGUCAUACUGACUGACAGUAUUAUUUUCUCUUCCCCAGCAGACUCCAAGGGCAUUUAAAUUAAAGGUACAGUGUUCUGCACUAAUAUAA